AUGGGUGCUGGCGGAUCCACGCCCCAGUCGCCUUGCGAGGCAGCCGGGUUCAAAUUCUGCGCCUCCGUCUCACACGCGACGGGGUGCGAGAAUUCAGGGCCGGAUGCCUUCUACUGCAAAUGCGCGACAGGGUACCGGUACGAGGGAAGGUCGGAGAAAUCCAGAUGCGACGAUAUAAACGAGUGUUUUACAGGAGAGCACGACUGCGCAACAAAAAUGCAAAAUUCAAUGUGUGAGAAUACGCCUGGGAGUUACCAGUGUGUCUGCGGAGCUAACCGGCAGUUGGUCGACGGCAAGUGCGAGGACAAGAAUGAGUGUACCGCCGGAAAUGGAGGCUGCGGAGCCUUCGCCAAGUGUGUCAAUAACCUCGACGCGGCGCCCACGUGCAUCUGCGAGCCGGGGUACGAUGGCAACAACGGCCAAGCAGGAAUCGACUGUAAAGAUAUCGACGAGUGCGACACCAAUCCCUGUCCCGCCAACUCGGCGUGCAUCAACACACCGGGGUCGUACAAAUGCGAGUGCCAGAAGGGGUUUACCAUGAGUCCAGAUAACGUCUGCGUCUCGAAGAACUUCUGCACAGAAGGCGCCAACGACUGCGACCCACACCUUGCGACGUGCAAACAACUCGUCGGCACGUACAGCUGCUCGUGCAAGCAGAAUCUGGCCGGCACUGGCAAGAAAGGCCAGUGCACGCCAAAAGAAGGAUUUGAGCAGCUCCCAUGCGAGUUAAUGGGAGAAGCGUGCGGGGCUUACAGAGAAUGUAAAAGAGACUCUGAGGGGAACUACUCGUGCGUGAACAAGUCCGUGACUUCCCAGAUCUCCACCAUGUUCAAGGAUGGCUUCAGCUCGGACACACCGGUUUGGAUCUGGGCAGUCGCCGGAGGCGGCCUCAUCGUCGCUAUUGUCUUUCUCUGGCUCUUUCUGAAGAAGCGCAAGAACAAGGAUCGAGGAGGAGCGGGAGACUACGACGUGUACGGAAUGGGAGAUGCUAGAGAGGGAGAUGCCUAUUCACAGACCGGCUACGGCACGAUGGACUACUAUUAUGGCUAG